UGAUUCAACUUACAUAGCACCAGCAGUGAAACUAGAUACAUGAGGGAGAUUUGUGGUGGAGGAAACUGUGACAUCCCAAGGGGACUGUUCGCCAGUUGUUAUAAAGAACGUCAGUCAACCCGCCACUUUGAUUUUCUUCAGUUUGACGAUACUGUAUUAGCGCGACAAGCAGAAUGCACUGGGACAAACCACCAACACCAGCACUGACCAGGUCCAGACCAUAUCAAGGUGUAAGAGUAAGGGACCCAGUCAAAGAGCUGCUGAGGAGGAAGAGGAGUCUGGAGUCGCACGGCACCAAGACAGCCCUCUCUGCUGCGGAUGUGGUCGCACGCAACAACCCGACAUCAUACACACAAGUCACCUUUGGCUCUGACAGCACCAGUGGCACCACAGCUGAGCCGUCAGUUGCAGCUGGAGAUGGUCGGCCGCAGUGCACAGGAGGGAAACCUUCCUUCCUGGCCAGUGGCGCUGGCCUGCAGCCUGCCAUUGCACCGUGGUCCUCACCUGAAUACAGCCAGCAGGAACUCCCAGCUCAGACCCUGGCCUACCCAGCCACCACACUGACGGCUGACCUGUACAUGCAGACUCUGUGCCCCAGCUACACCAUGCUGACCUACACACACACACCGCUGCUCACUAACUUUGGGACCAUACCAGUGGCCCAAGCACCAGGCUCCUUCCCUCAGAUGGAACUCCCAGACUCAGGGUUGACCUAUCUCCCCUGGACCCAGCCUAUCACAACCAUAUCUACUAUGCCCAACCCAGGGGUCCAGUUCGCUCCAUGCUCAGCAGCCCUGUCUGGCCCACCUCUGGUGCACAUGCCCUUGUCCAUGUCUGUGACCACCAUGAUCCCUCAGCUGGAGGCGCAUGGUGCAGACCCUCAGCUCGAGAUCCUUGACCUCCCUCAGCGUUCAGAGCUGAACCCUGAACAUCAAGGCCAGUCUCUGGAUGAAGAUCCGGGGAUGGAGCCGGGAUCACCAAACCUACUGGAUAAACUUCUAGAGGAUCCCAAGGAGGAUGGUGAAGUGGAAGACAAAGACUCAUACAGCAACUCACUUUUCAUACCCAAUGUCUAAAAAACAUUGUGUACAUUUUGUGUACAUUUUGUGUGUGGAGAGCUGUGUUUCUGCUCUCUGUGUUUCUUUAUUAAUUCCUUAAACAAACUUUCUUUUAUUAGCGUGAUUUCUGAUCUUAAUAAUGGAUGCAAUUUCUUUCAGCAUUCCAGUGCUAGUGUCAUUCUCCUUUUAGUUUAUUUCAACUUUGAUCUUUAUAUUGUAGCUGUGGCCAAAGUAAUUUACAAAAUCAAUGCUGAAAUACCAAAUGGACAAGUUGGGCUAAACUCCCAUAGCCCCCGGCUGUAUAUGUGAUACUUCCUUUGUAGUAAUUUGGUUUAUUAUAGAUUAAUUCGAUUUUAGAUGCCAUCACAGUACAAUAAAAAAAGUGAGGUCCUGUCUUUUGAAGGAGACCAAUCUUAUAAUCUAGACUUAAUCUAUUGACUUUUCUUGAAAUUAUGUUUUUUUUUCCUCUGGUGUAUCAUGUUUGAUGUCACAACCGCACUGAAAACUGUGAGUAUCAGCUCGCUGUUCUAAAUACAAUUUGAACUAAACACAGAAAUAAAAGGGUGAUAGGCAUUUCACAGAGAAACUGUACUGAAUAUGCCAAGAGGUAGGUCAAAGUUUAACCUAAUAGUCACUCUACAAAGUAUGCUGGCAGUUUAUAAAGGGCAGUUUGGGUAAUGAUUAAUAAAUUAACCAAAUUUUC